UGUUCACUAAAGGUCACAUGCGCCGUGGCCCACGACCAGAUUGCUCAACAGCCCCGAGAAGACCGCCUUCAUCCGCAGCUCGACCCAACCCAAACUCCCGCCUUCUGCGGUUGCACCAUCAUUGAUAAUUACAUAAUUUAUCCAUUUGUUCGUUCAUCUGCCAACAUUCGGUUGUCUUCGCCUGCACAUUCACCCAAUCGCGGAGGCGGUGGUGUUGCAGUCGAAUACUAA